AUGGCUGCCAUGGCUCGGACUGUGCUGAUCUCUGGCUGCUCCUCAGGGAUUGGCCUGGAGCUUGCUGUGAUGCUGGCUCAUGACCCCAGACAGCGUUACCAAGUGGUGGCCACCAUGAGGGACCUGAAAAAGAAGCAGAAGCUGGAGGCAGCUGCCGGGGAAGCUCUGGGUCACACGCUCACUGUGGCCCAGAUGGAUGUGUGCAGUAAUGAGUCAGUGGCCCAGUGUCUCAGCUGCAUCCAGGGAGAAGUGGACGUGCUGGUGAAUAAUGCUGGAGUGGGCCUGGUAGGGCCCCUGGAAGGGCUCAGCCUUGCUGCCAUGCAGGAUGUAUUCGAUACCAACUUUUUUGGAGCUGUCCGUCUGGUCAAAGCUGUGCUUCCUGGCAUGAAGAGAAGACGUCAGGGCCACAUUGUGGUGGUCAGCAGUGUCAUGGGGUUGCAGGGUGUCAUGUUCAAUGAUGUCUACGCAGCCUCCAAGUUCGCCCUGGAGGGAUUCUUCGAGAGUUUGGCUAUCCAGCUGCUUGAGUUCAACAUCUACAUCUCCCUGGUGGAGCCAGGACCAGUGGUCACCAACUUUGAGAGGAAGAUUCUGGAGCAGGUUUCUACCACAGAGUUCCCAAGUACUGAUCCAGAUACUCUACGCUACUUCCGAGAUUUUUACCUUCCAGCCUCUGAAGAGCUCUUCCGCUCUGUGGGACAGAGCCCAAAAGAUGUAGCUCAGGUGAUCGUCAAGGUCAUCAGCUCAGCCAGACCAGCCCUGCGCAAACAGACCAAUGCCAGAUACAUCCCCUUGACUGCACUCAAGGCUGCAGACCCCUCGGGCAGAGUGUAUGUGCAAACAGCCCACCACCUGCUCUUCCGCUGGCCACGCCUCCUCAGGCUUGGCCUCAGAUGCCUGGCCUGCAGUUGUCUCAGCACCCAGGUAUGGUACAUCCUGGUGACCCCCCGGGUCCUGCGGGUUGGUAGCCCUGACAUCAUCCAUGUGCAGGCUCACUCAGACUCCGGGGAGCCUCUAGUUAGGCCCCUGGAGGUGAAAAUCAUCGUGUGGGACUUCCCUGUGAAGAAGACAGUGGUGGCUGAACACCAACUCCUUCUCUCACCAGAAAACCACUUUAUGAGCCAGGCGCCAGUGACGAUUCCUGAGAACCUGGUAUAUCCCCCGAAACCAGGCCAGCAGUAUGUCAUCAUCCGUGUAGAAUGGGCGCCCACUUCGGCCUCAUCUUUCAUGGAGAAGCCGGUGCUGGUGGCUCCGCACACUGGCUACAUCUUCAUCCAGACAGACAAGACCAUCUACAACCCUGAGCACCUGGUUCAAUACCGAGUGUUCACUGUGAACCACAAGCUGGAUCCUGUGAGCCAGACAUUCACCCUGGAUAUCAAGGUGGCCUUUCCUGUUGAGACGAACCCAGAGGGGAUCACUGUGCAGAGCCAGGACCUGCUGGUGCAAAACGGCUUCUUUGCAAGCUCCUUCCAUCUCCCUGAGCUCAUCAGGUGCCCGCGGAAGCCCCAAGGUCUUGGGACCUGGAGCAUCGAAGCCAGGUACCAAAGUGCAGCAGAGCAGAAGUUCAAGACAGCCUUUGAAGUGAAAGAGUAUGUGCUCCCAUCUUUCGAUGUCCAGCUGAAGCCAAACAAGACCUUCUUCCACCUCAACAGUGAGGUUCUAGGUGUGGACAUCCAGGCCUGGUACAUAUUCAACAAGCCGGUCGAUGGAAACGCUCUGGCCAUCUUCGGGAUCCAGCAGGGCUCCCACCGGAUGCCCAUCCAAAGUUCCCUGCAGCGUGUGGAGAUUUCUGAAGGCCUAGGUCACAUCUCACUCCGCAAGGACAUGCUGAUGACCGCAUUUGAAGGCCCAGAAGAGGAGUUCAUCGGGGCCUCCAUCUUUGUCAACGUCACUGUGUUCUCAGGUGGUGAAAUGGUCCAGGCAGAGAUCUCAGGAGUGAAGAUUGUUCGGAGCCCAUACAGCAUCAAGUUCACCAGGACACCGCAAUACUUCAAGCCGGGGAUGCCCUUCCACUUUAGGGUCUUCGUCUCAAAUCCUGACGGGUCCCCAGCCUCCGGUGUCUUUGUCCGCUGCCAAAACCACAGAGUACGCACUUCACCCAGCGGGGUGGCCACACUGACCAUCAACACAGAUGCUAAUAUGAAGCAGCUCCCUCUCCUGGUGGAAACUGACGAGCCUCUCCAGCCAGAGGAACAGGCGUCAACCAGCAUGACAGCUUUGCCUUAUUCAACUCAGGAUGGGUCAGGGAACUUCCUGCACAUCGAGGUGAAGACAUUGGGCACAGAAGUUGGCAGCAACAUCUACCUGAGCCUUAAUACAAGGCAUAAGAAUCCUGAAGCCAAGAGUCAGAUAUCUCACUUCACCAUCCUGGUCUUAAGUAAGGGUCAGAUUGUGUAUGCCAAACAUCAGGCAAAAAGCCAAGGAAGUAUCUACACAUCCGCCAUUAUCGAUGUGACUUCAGAGAUGUUGCCCUCCUUCCGCAUCCUGGCCUUUUAUUUACUACCCCGGGGGCUGGGUCAGGACCCUGAGCUGGUGGCUGACUCGUUAUGGAUUGAUGUGAAUGACAGAUGCAUGGGAACGCUGAAAGUUGGUCUGAAAAAUGAAGAAUUUUCCCAGACUUAUGAUCCCAACAGCGUGGUGGAACUGAAGGUGACAGGUGACGCUGAGGCCACAGUGGGGCUGCUGGCUGUGGACAAGGCUGUCUACAUCUUAAACAGCAAACACAAGCUCACACAGAAGAAGGUCUGGGAUGUGGUGGAAGAACACGACAUUGGCUGCACAGCAGGCAGUGGGAAAGACAGGCUUGCUGUGUUCAAGGAUGCUGGCUUGGAUCUCAAGUUGAGCACAGGGAUGGGCACCCUGGCAAGUUCAGACUGGCAAUGCCCCCAGAGCACCCCUCCCACUCGCAGCCGCCGCAGCUCCCUGAAGAGGAUGGAGACCAAGAGGAAUGCAGUCAACAAGUUCAAGACACAACUGGAGCGAAAGUGCUGUGAGACUGGUCUCCGGGAGAACCCCAUGGGGCUUUCGUGUGAAGAGAGGACCCGGCAUGUCCGCCACGGUCCAGACUGCAUCACCGCCUUCCUGAGCUGCUGUCAUCUGUCUGCAGCCCUGACUCAGGAGGCCCGCGAGGAGCAGCUGCUUUUGGGCACAAGUGAGGGGGCCCAGCAGGGAGCACGGGGUUGGAGGGCUCCAGUGGGGGCCAUGGAGGCCGUGGAACAGCAAGGGGGGCCGCUGGUAGAUGGGGUGAGAGACCCUACCAAGGGGCAGGUGGGCCUCAGAAGACACUCAAUGGAGACCCCAUCCACAUGGGCUUCCUGCAGCCGAUCAAGACGACGACUUCGAUGA